GGUGAGGUUAUCCCUGGCAUUGGCUGCAAAUGCAUGUAUUUCAAAUCACUAUCAUAGAGACAUUAGACAUAGACUCAUAAUCAUAGCUGCUUCAACCUUAAGCAACAUUGUUUCAUAAUAAAGCUGACCACUCAUUUGCAUUUGAUCCUAUCCAAUAACAGCAAUAACGAUGAAAGCAAUGAUAGCAACGCCGGUUGUUCUCUCCGCCGCUACCUACCGUUCAUGCUCUCCGAUCAGGAUCAGCUCUUCAUUUCUAAAAGCCCCCAUCUCUCACAAGCAACGGAUAACCAUUGCUGUUCAACCAAAGUUUCAAACCUUCCGAGUGGAAGGUGCUAUGAAUCAAAAUUUGGAAGCUGUGGGAGUUGUUCCAACUUCAGUGCCGGUGCGUGUAGCGCACGAGCUUCUUCUAGCUGGGCAUAAGUAUUUGGAUGUGAGAACCCCUGAAGAGUUUGAUGCUGGACAUGCUCCUGGUGCCAUUAACAUACCCUACAUGUUCAAAGUUGGAUCAGGGAUGACAAAGAACAGCAACUUUGUUAAAGAGGCCUCCUCACAGUUUAGGAAAGAGGAUGAAAUUAUUGUUGGGUGUCAGCUUGGUAAAAGGUCUAUGAUGGCUGCUACUGACUUGUUAGCUUCUGGGUUCACUGGAGUCACAGACAUAGCUGGCGGUUAUGCUGCGUGGACCCAAACUGGACUUCCAACAGAACGGUGAAUUGGAGCUGCAGCUGUAUAUAGAAUAAGUUUUUGGUAGAGACCCACACAUGGAACUGCAAUGAGAGUUGAAGAAUCCAAAUACUGAAAAGUACAUGUAAAUGCAGAAAUGGUUAUUAAUAUAUUGCAUCAACAAUUAGAAAAAGGUUGUUCAUGGCUUGAUGUGCUGUGUUGUUGAUGAUGCCAUCACGUCCUUAUAGUUCCAAACCUUCAUUUAUAAAUGAAAAAAAUCGCCGAGCUAAAACUUAGAACAA